AUGUAUAGCCGCCGCUUGCUUAAAUACCUCGCGGCGGCGGCCUUGUGGCGCUGGCUUCCAAGGGCGAUGUCGUUGUCGCACAUCCCUGAUGGACCCAUCGGCCUACCGAGCAACGUCCGAAUCAGGGCGGAGCAUCGCCAUCGCAAACAGCGCAAAACAGCCGAGAUCCACAGCGAUGUGCCGCCUGCCCAAUUGAGCACCGAGGCUGUAUCGGAAAUCGCAACCGCAUCGCAUUCCUUCGAGGCCAUGAGGGACCAGCUGAAGGAGGAGGAGAUACAGGGAAUCCACCUCGACCUUCCUCAGAUACCUAUGAAGUCGGUGUUGCAGCUGAUACCGGCGUUUAUUUAUAGUCUGCCGUCGAGCAUGAUGGGCGUCAAGCGUUUUGUGGAGGACUCAACGUACGCACUGGUCAACAUGGGGCUGCAGAGCGUGCUAGGGUCGCAGGUGUUUCAGAACGUGCUGUGCACCCCUCAAUCGAAUGAGGCAGAGAUGCUCAUCUGCGUGAGUGACAUGGUGGCCAACAUAUCGCGGGUCAUCCACACCGGAAUCACGGUGCUAACGCUGAACUUCCGCAGCUUGGUGGGCGGGAGGACUGCGUCUGACGCCCUGGUCAGGCUGAACACCAUCGCCGCCAACCCGCUCAACAGGACCUUGAUGAAGGUACUGGGAACCACCGCAGUGCUGUACAUCACCAUGAUGCGCGAGUCUGUGCCAGACGAGACCAAGGUGCUGGCGGGGUCGAUCAUGACCGAGCUGACAUCGCUUCCCAUCGUGUCCAACAUACCAGACACGUCUAGCGGAGGUUUCGGUCGCGUAAACGUGGUGUUACCCAGGCCAAGCCGGAUGCACCGCGCCGACUACGACAUCGCAAAGCUACAGGCCGGAGCCGGCGAACGAGAUCUGCUGAGCUCAAUCGCCUGA